AUGGCAUCAACAGCUGGAGCCACAGGAUGGUUGAGGGGUAUAGUGAAAGCUGUUCCAUCUGGUGACAGCUUGGUGAUAAUGGGCAACACCAAAGCCGAGAUUCCUCCUGAAAAAACUAUCACUCUAUCAUCUUUAAUGGCUCCUAAGUUGGCUCCCCGGCGAGGCGGUCUGGAUGAGCCAUUUGCAUGGGAGAGCAGAGAAUUUCUGAGGAAACUUUGCAUUGGAAAGGAGGUAACUUUCAGAGUGGAUUACACUGUACCAUCCAUCAAUCGGGAAUUUGGAUCUGUUUUCCUUGGAGAUAAGAAUGUGGCUUUGCUCGUGGUUGCUGCAGGCUGGGCUAAGGUUAGAGAACAAGGACAGCAGAAAGGAGAAGCUAGUCCUUUCUUGACAGAGCUGCUACGACUUGAGGAACAGGCUAAGCAGCAAGGUCUAGGUCGAUGGAAUAGGGCGCCUGGUGCUUCCGAGGCCGCCAUUAGGGACCUACCUCCUUCAGCCGUCAGUGAUUCUAGUAAUUUUGAUGCUAUGGCUUUAUUGGCUGCUAAGAAAGGUAGUCCUUUAGAGGCUAUUGUGGAUCAGGUUCGCGAUGGAAGCACAAUUCGUGUUUAUUUGCUGCCUGAAUUUCAGCACGUACAAGUGUUUGUUGCUGGUAUCCAGUCUCCAUCUGCGGGUAGAAGGGCUGCAUCAGAUGCUGUUGUUGGAACUGAGGUAGCCUCUAAUGAACAAAAUGGGGAUUCCACAUCUGAAACUCGUGCUCCAUUAACAUCCGCACAGAGACUAGCUGCAUCUUCAGUACCUUCAGUUGAAGUUCCUGCUGAUCCAUAUGGGAAAGAAGCCAAACAUUUCACAGAGAUUCGUGUGCUCCACAGAGAUGUCAGGAUUGUAUUGGAGGGUGUUGACAAAUUCAGCAAUUUGACUGGUUCGGUGUAUUACCCUAAUGGUGAAUCGGCAAAGGACCUGGCUCUGGAGCUGGUUGAAAAUGGCUUGGCCAAGUAUGUAGAAUGGAGUGCCAGCUUGCUGGAAGACGAAGCCAGACGGAGGUUGAAGAAUGCUGAGCUGCAAUCAAAGAAGUCCAGAUUGAGAAUCUGGACCAACUACGUUCCACCUGCCACGAACUCAAAGGCCAUUCAUGACCAGAACUUCACAGGAAAAGUUAUUGAGGUUGCAAGUGCGGAUUGCAUUGUGGUUGCUGAUGAUUCGCUGCCAUUUGGAGAUCCAGCCGCCGAGAGACGAGUCAACCUGUCAAGCAUUAGGGGCCCUAAAAUGGGUAAUCCUCGUAGAGAUCAAAAACCUGAUCCAUAUGCUCGUGAUGCCAAGGAGUUUCUGAGAACCCGCUUGAUUGGCCGUCAGGUGAAUGUUUCUAUGGAGUAUUCCAGGAAGGUUAGCUUGGCAGAAGGACCAGGUGCCGCACCGGGGUCCGCAGAUACAAGGGUGAUGGAUUUUGGAUCAGUUUUCCUUCUCAAGGAUGCGGAUGAUGCUGCUGCUUCUGGUGCUGGAAGCCAACAAGGUGGGGUGAACAUAGCCGAGCUUUUAGUUGCUCGUGGAUUGGCAACUGUUGUUAGGCAUAGGGAUUUCGAGGAGAGAUCAAAUCAUUAUGAUGCCCUCCUUUCUGCUGAGUCACGUGCAAUCUCUGGGAAGAAGGGAAUGCACUCUGCCAAGGACCCUCCUGUGAGACACGUGACCGACUUGCUUACGGCUUCUGCAAAGAAAGCGAAAGACUUCCUACCCUUCUUGCAACGCCAGAGAAGAAUGUCUGCUGUUGUUGAAUAUGUGCUCAGUGGACAUAGAUAUAAAAUUGAUAUUCCUAAGGCGACAUGCAGUAUUGCACUCUCGUUGUCUGGGGUUAGGUGUCCGGGUCGUGGUGAGCGUUAUUCAGAGGAAGCUAUUGCCUUCAUGAGGCGGAAAAUAAUGCAGAGGGAUGUUGAGGUCGAAGUGGAAACAGUUGAUAGAACUGGAACUUUCUUGGGAACUGUAUGGGAGAACAGAACCAAUGUGGCUAUACCGCUUUUAGAAGCUGGCUUGGCAAAAAUUCAAUCCUUUAGCAUUGAUAGGGUUCCAGAAGCUCAUCUGCUGAUCCAAGCAGAGCAAUCUGCCAAGCAGAAAAAGUUGAAGAUAUGGGAGAAUUAUGUUGAGGGAGAGGAAGAUUCUAAUGGUUCGGGUUUAGCAGCAUCAGCUGAAAGAAGACAGAAAGAAGAAUUCAAGGCUGUGGUCACAGAAGUUCUGGAAGGUGGUAAGUUUUAUGUUCAGUCGGUUGCUGAUCAGAAAGUUGCCUCCAUACAGAAUCAACUUUCUUCCUUAAACCUUCAAGAAGCUCCUCUGAUUGGAGCUUUCAGUCCUAAAAAGGGCGAUAUCGUUUUAGCUCAGUUCAGUGCUGACAAAUCUUGGAAUCGUGCGAUGAUUGUGAACACUCCCCGUGGUGUUGUGGAAUCUGCAAACGACAAGUUUGAGGUAUUCUACAUAGACUAUGGGAACCAAGAAACUGUUCCUUACAGCCAAUUGCGUCCUCUGGAUCCUUCUGUAUCUGCAGCCCCUGGGCUUGCCCAGCUUUGCAGCCUCGCCUUUGUUAAAGUCCCGAGCUUGGCUGAUGACUAUGGCCAGGAGGCUGCCAUUCGAUUGAGUGAACUCCUAUUGAGUACUCCCAAAGAGUUGAAGGCUGUGAUUGAAGACAAGGACACGUCAGGUGGGAAAGUCAAGGGACAAGGAACCGGGACUGUCUUCAUGCUUACCUUGAUCGACACUGAAGCUGAGAUGAGCAUAAAUGCAGUCAUGCUGCAGGAUGGACUUGCUAGGCUGGAGAAGAGGAGGAGGUGGGAAUCUAAGGAGAGGCAGCAGGCUUUUGAUGAGCUUGAGAAGUACGAGACUGAAGCUCGUGAGAAGAGGCUCGGGAUGUGGGAGUAUGGGGACAUUGCCUCUGAUGAUGAGGACUCUGCACCUCCUGCUAGGAAACCUUCUGCUGCUGGAAAGCGGUAA